UUCUUUUGCAAUAAAUAUUCUUGACAUUUUCCUAAUAUCUAAUUGUUCAGAUUAUGUAUACUGUCACCCUUCUCCGUUGGACUCAUCUUAUCACAAUUUCAUAGGUGCAUCUUCUCCUAUCGCUUCAGUUUUUCCUUGGGGUUUCCUAUAGCGGAGGUGUGACUGGCAAUUUGCCUCUGCUAGCUGGGGAAACCAGUUGAAAUAUUAUUCUUAUUUUCCUUGGAAUAGAUGGUAUUUCAGAGACCAUCAGUGUGCUAAACGCAUAACAUAGGUGAUAAUGUCUGACACAGAGAUGUGCACUACAUUCAUCCCCUUCACUUGUACUAAACCUUCCGAACUUUGGUUUAACACAGCCAGUUCUUGUGCUAUACACGAUAGAGAUGCAUCUCACAAACGAAAUUUGAGCCUUCCAUCACCAGAAUCAAUGAACUUUAUUUUCUGCCUGAAAUCAUGCCAAGUCUGUUUCUCCAGCUGACCAAACAAUUUUUCAUCUACAGAAAAAUUAUGGCACUUCUUUGGAAUUUCUUUAUAAAUCUGCUGCUCUUCCACUUGUCACUGACGGACGGGAAGGCAUAACGGUUCCAUUCUGAUCUGACUUUGAGUUUAAAUUUUGAAUUUGAGUUUGACCUUUCUGAAAUCAGAGGACACAUGUGUGUGUGUGUGUGUGUGUGUGUGUGUGAGAGAGAGAGAGAGAGAGAGAGAGAGAGAGAGAGAGAGAGAGAGAGAGAGAGAGAGAGAGACCACUGGAGGGGACAGACGUGUGAGUGAGGCUCCUGCUUGUGGUGUGUUUUUUCGUGUGGGUGACGAGUGUGUGAGCAUAAGGAAGUGCAUCAGAGUUGUAGCUCAGCUCGGGCUAUGCAGUGUUAAGUGCAGUAGAAGAAAAGUGCUAUAGUGCAUCAGAAAAUAGAAUUAACUCAAAAUGAAGCGACUAGCAGUGAGUGUGUGUGCACGUGAGUAAACCUAUCCGCCCGUGACCUGACACACCUGAUGCCACACUCAGGCCACCUGUCCAAAAUUCCCUAAGGAGAUAUAAACACACCCUCCUGCCUCCCCACUCCCUGGUUUUGCGGCCUCUCUCUCCCCUCCUCUGCUUCACUUAAACCACUCACCACCUCUCGGCAGUGGUAGUAGUGUACGCCCAUAAUGGCAACACACCGAAAAAUUGUGAGGAUUGAAUACCCUGGAUAUAGGCCACGAAGAUGGUGUGCUGUUUGUGGCUUGUCAGCCUCAAAAAGCGAUCCCUACAUUUGCUGCGAUGGCGAAACAGACUGUCACAAUGUGUGCCACAUCACAUGCCUGGGUGACAGGGAUGUGCACACGUGUGAAGAAACCCAGCAGCUGCGCCAUGAGGUUAACAUAGAUACAGGGGUGCUCUACGAAAACGGAGAUAUCGAGGAAGCACCUGACACUCCAGCACCCCCCCCUCCUACCUCCCCUACAGAUGACAUCGACGCUCCAACCUUCAGUGAAGACGUGGACAAUGAAAGGCAGGAGUACAUGACGAUGGAUAAAGAGGAACUUAUAUCCCGCACUUUACGCCUAAAACAAGAAGUGAUGGAAAACAAGAGCACUAUCCAAUCACUCUCAUUACAGCGUGACUGGAUAAUAGAGAAAAAAGCUCAGGUGAUGGAUAUUUUAGAAUUCAUCGAAACAAUAAGCGACGCGAGAGAUGCUGACACGAGAAGGACCACCCGCACCAUAGAUAGUACCUCUGCCAACGCAUCAUGGAUAGAUAAGUCAUGGGCGAAGGUAUGCAGCUCACCGGAGAGGUGGAAACAAUGGUGGGAGUCAGAUAACACGAAGCGUCUUCCUCCCAGCCGCCUUGGAUUAACUCCUCCCACCCACACCACCGCCACCGACACCUCAUCCACAGUCGCUGUUGUUACCAUCUCCUCUGAUUCCCAUACUCCUGCCAACAACAGCAGCACCGCAAGUUCCGCCAGCUCUACCUCAUCUACAGUCUCCACAUCAACCUCAUGCCUCCACCACAGCACAACAACCUGGCAGCAAUUAAAAAUCCUACAAACAUGUCAGGUGAACGGAGGCAACAACCAAAAUCAAAACCUCACGUGGGCAGAGGCGCGAGAACGCCACACGGUAGGUCUCCACCUGCCAGCCAAAAUGCUCCCCGACCUAAACCACACCACCGCUCUCCCUCAUCCUAGGGCCGAAGAAAGUGUGAAUAUUGCAUGCGUCCAGGACAUUCAAGGGAACAGUGCUUCACACGAGCAGCAGACGUCAGACAGGAAGCCAUCCUGAGGAGGGUAUUAGCUGAAGGGAGGAGAAAUGGGAAUUCCCAUCACCCAAACCUACAACCUCAAGAGCCCUUUCGAGGUGAACCUAGGUGGCAACAAGGACAACGGGAGAAGCAGCUAAGUUACCAGCAGGGAUGGACCCAGGCCCCCUGGAAGGGAGAGUAUUAACAUUAACAACAAUAACCCACCAAUAUACAGGAACAUCAGCCACGCCCCGCAUCUCACAGUUGUGUCCGCCAAUGUCAGAGGGCUUCGUAGCAACGUUGGGGAUCUCUCUCACAACUUUGUAUUACGUCAAAAAGUUGAUAUUGUAGCAGUCAGUGAAACGUGGCUGAAUGACUUAGAGGAACCAACAUUCGGAAAGAUAAAUGGAUAUACCAAUUGGGUGAGGAAGGACCGAGAAGGCAGAGUUGGUGGAGGUGUGGCUGUUUGUUUAAAAAAUGACCUCCAUACCCAAGAACUGUCAGAUGAUGGAAGCACUAUUCUUCCAAAUACCGCUGACAGACAAUAGUGACUUGCUGCUCUGUUUAUUAUACCACUCGCCCAGGCAAGGUUCUUGGCGGAGGAACUGGACAACUUGCUCCAACACCACUGCUACAACAGUGUCCUCAUUGUUGGAGAUUUAAAUUUCCACUUGGAGCAGCAAGCAUACAACAAUUUAGUGACAGUGUUGGGCCUCACCAACCACGUCACAUUCAUACCCACGAAAGGGGAGGGCUGCUCGACCCAAUGUUAUCAGACCUUUCUGAGGAAAGAAUCUCAUGUCAACAGCUGGGUAAAGUGGGGAGCUCUGACCUCCAUGCCGUGCUAACGAAGAUACACCUGCAUAUGGCGAGGGAAAGAGCUGCACCUUGAACCAUCUGGCUGUGGGAGCAGGCCAGAUGGCAAGACAUGAGGGACGAACUGGCAACCACAGACUGACAGGCGACGCUCUCAGGAAACGCGGAGAAGGCUCGCGCCGUCACCUCACUGUUAUUGCCGGAGAGAGAGAGAGAGAGAGAGAGAGAGAGAUGAACGAAGGAGGGAAGGACAUAGGCUUGAGGAUGAUAGUGCGAAGAGAGGGAGAGAAGGUAUUGUGCUGACCUGGUAGGAAUCACCCCAGCCGAAGUCAUAGAGGUCAGAUAUGAUAUGAAAGACUCUACACAAGAGACAUGUGUAGGGGCCCCUCGACUCCACCUUGGGGCAGAAACACUUGUACUGUGGGCGUGAACGGACGUUCUGCGCCGAGCGUAAUACCUACAGGAGCCUAAAGACCCGUCAACACGUUUUGACCGAUACAAUGAAUACAUCGAGUUAGCGUGAAAUGGGUCUUAUUAUCCUGCACUAAUCGCCAUCAAAGGGGCGAUAACAGUCAAAACAUGAAGGGUCUGUCGUCGGGGACUGGACUCUUCCCCUGUCACGAGGACAGCGCGGGGAGCAGCGUCAGGCGAGGAGAGCGGCGUGGGCAUCAGGCAUCACCCACAACCAAGCGAGACUGAGGCAGAUGCCACAUCUCACCAGAAGACAGCGGCUUGUUCGAUUCGAUUAUUUAUAGAAAAGAGGGGUGAACGCUUGUGGAGGAGCCAACACCUUCCCUCUGCCCUACCCGACCACAAAGUGAGACAGUUGCCAAGAAUCACAAUUAGGGUUUAGUGUGAGGACUUAUUCUGUACCUACGUACUACAAACAUACGGACAGACAUAUUACUUGUGUGAAUUAUUAGUAAUUGCUGGGGAAACAUGGUUAUGUGAUUACAAGAUAAGGCUAGUUUACUAGUUAGUGUUCAUACACAUUAGUGUUUGUCUAUAGUGUUUGUGUCUUCGUACUGCUGCGGUAACCAGGAAGGAGUGAUUGUGUUCUCGCUGAAGCGAGACACCUUGAUGUACUUGUGUACUCACGGUGGUGCGACAACCAGGUGAGACACCUUGAUGUGCUUGUGUACUCACGGUGGUGCGACAACCAGGUGAGACACCUUGAUGUGCUUGUGUACUCACGGUGGUGUGACAACCAGGUGAGACACCUUGAUGUGCUUGUGUACUCACGGUGGUGUGACAACCAGGUGAGACACCUUGAUGUGCUUGUGUACUCACGGUGGUGCGACAACCAGGUGAGACACCUUGAUGUGCUUGUGUACUCACGGUGGUGUGACAACCAGGUGAGACACCUUGAUGUACUUGUGUACUCACGGUGGUGUGACAACCAGGUGAGACACCUUGAUGUGCUUGUGUACUCACGGUGGUGUGACAACCAGGUGAGACACCUUGAUGUACUUGUGUACUCACGGUGGUGUGACAACCAGGUGAGACACCUUGAUGUACUUGUGUACUCACGGUGGUGUGACAACCAGGUGAGACACCUUGAUGUACUUGUGUACUCACGGUGGUGUGACAACCAGGUGAGACACCUUGAUGUGCUUGUGUACUCACGGUGGUGUGACAACCAGGUGAGACACCUUGAUGUACUUGUGUACUCACGGUGGUGUGACAACCAGGUGAGACACCUUGAUGUGCUUGUGUGCUCAUGGUGGUGCGACAACCAGGUGAGACAGCUUGAUGUGCUUGUGUGCUCACGGUGGUGCGACAACUAGGUGAGACACCUUGAUGUGCUUGUGUGCUCACGGUGGUGCGACAACCAGGCGAGACACCUUGAUGUGCUUGUGUACUCACGGUGGUGCGAUAACCAGCGUGAAGUGACUGUAGGGAUUGUGCCUUCACAGAGAAGGCACGUUGAGUUGAGUUCAGGAAGUGAGACAACAUUGCUGAAGAGAGUUACGCACUAAGGUGUGUUUGAUUUCUCCAACACAGUAAGCCAACAUGGAUCGACAAGAGGAAACAGAAACGUCGCCGGGGAAGAAUGACAUCACUGACGAUGUCACACUCAGGAGCGGUGAGGAGGAUAACACUACCACCCUCCCAACAACAUCAUCAAGUUUGGAGCACAGGGUAGACACUCUGUUUGAUACACUCCAGAAGUUUCAGCAAUCAGUAAUGGCUAUCCUAACCAAGGACAAGUCGGAACAAAGGGAAUCCGCCAUGGAGAGUGGUAAGGUGAUUCAAAGAACAUCACCUCAAGAGCUCGUAGAGUGUAGGAAUGAACCAGAACAGAUAAAAACCAAGGGGAGGACAAGGAGCCCUCUGUGACUGCGCUUGAUGUCUUGCCAGUAGAGCUUCACCAGGGGGAGCACAAAGAGCAGUAUGAGACAAAGAAGGUUGAUGAAGGAUCGCAAAAUCAUGGGUAUGCCGAGCUCCUUAGGAAUUUACAACUCACGAACAGGAAGACACCUACAUUUUGCGAAGGAACCUGUUUUGAAUUUUGGGAGUUUAAACAAGCCUUUCAACGACAUGUCGGAGUCAUGGGUAUGUCUCCUGUUGUCAAACUGGAGACACUAGUAUCCGCCUACACUGGAGAGAUUAAGAGCAAGGUCCGGGCCUGUAUGAAAAUAGAAAAUCCUACUGACGGGUAUGAACGCGCUCUUGAAUUACUUGAUGAACGAUAUGGUGAUGAAGAUGCCUUUGUUAAUCAAAUGCUACACGGAACCUUAAUGGGACCUAGCAUAAGGUCAGGCGAUGUGAAGGGCCUGAGGAAAUUCCUAGAUGAGCUGGAAGAAUGUUUCCAUAACUUGUCUGUCCUAAAGCAGACAAGGGAAAUUGAUAACCGUUACGGGCUGUACCUGCUGGCCAAUCGAUUACCGAAAGAGAUAAGAGAUGACUAUAUCAAACAACGUAGAGAUUACAAAGUGACACACAAGGAAAGACCUGGAAUACAAUGGCUGAUACACUUUAUCCAUAAAGCAGCAAGUGAUGCAGAAACCAUCAAUGUGCAUAAUCCAGUAACAGCAACAAAGGAUCAAGAAAGAGACAUGGGGGUAGUGUCUCUAUCUCCAGAUUCAUCUCAAGGCCAACAAAGAGUGCGAGCUCUGGAUACCGCAACAAGCCCACUUUCUCAGAGCGAACGGGGCAGACGGUGCGUGGCAUGCCAUCGAGGAUCCCACACUCUCAAAGUGUGUCAACAAUUCCACGCUAUGAGCGCUGAAAGGCGUAUCUUAUUGGUCAGGGGAAAGCGACUCUGCUUCUCGUGUCUAAGCCCAAACCACCUGCUGCAGGAGUGCAUUAGCGCAGGGAGGUGUGGAGUAGAUGGGUGCCGGGCAAAACAUUCCUGGCUAUUACACCCUAAUUCUAGCAAUAUAGGUCGAGGACAGGGUACACGACCCAAAGUACCAGUGGGACAGGAGCGAAUCUUGCGCAGAAGGGAACAAAUGUCCUUCCUGAGCAACGUAAAUGGAACCAGCACGUCUGAUAUAGUCAAGGACACAUAUCCUGCCCCCAAACGUCAAAGGCGAGACCAAACAUUGACUGAUAUGUCAAUUGUGCACCCGACAUCAGAUCAUAGACCUGAGGCAUCGAGGGCUGAACUGAUUACGAAUGUCACAAGGGAAGCAGAGACCCGAGGAGAAUUCCAAGAUACAGCUAAUCCCUAUAAAUGGGUUAAUGAGGAAAGAGCUGGAAGAGCCAGGAAUAACAAUCAUGUGGGAAAGGAGGAAUCAAAUUAUACUUGACAAAGAAGCGAAACAGAGAAAUCAGUAGCACUACCCGUUCUGAAGAUCAGGGUAGAAGGUAAACACAACAAGAAUCUAACCUCCAUCAUAACCGGAGCCCUUCUUGAUACAGGUAGUGACCGCAUAUUCUGUACGCGUACAAUUGCUAGAGAGCUGCACGAGGAGGGGAGAAAGGUUAAACUUUCUCUUAGUACGAUCUUUGAAAAGGGGAGUGAACUUGACACAGAAGAAAUUUGGCUCAAGAUAACGAGCGUGGGUGUAAAGGGUGUUCGGUCUAUCAAUAUUCCCAAUGUGCUAAUAGUCAAAACAUUGCCAAAAUCACUAAGAUCUUCGACUGCUACCUCUAGGAGCGUCAGGGAAAUACCGCUUCUCCAAAGAAUAGCAGUACUGGAACAACCCCCAAAGGCAGUGGAUAUUAUAAUAGGGCUAGACGCUCCCAGUGCCUUCGUGCCCUUAGAAGUAAGAAAAGGUGAAGACGGAGAGCCUUUUGCGGUGCGGACACCCUUGGGAUAGACAAUUAAUGGACCUUUGUUAAAAAAUGACCAAGACCAGACAGCGAUAGGCUGCUUGACCACAUUGAGGGCACAAGACCCAGUCACUUUAGAAGAUCAAGUAAGACGGUUGUGGGAACACGACUCAACCUACGAUGAGGAGGAGGAAAUGUCAGUGGAAGACAGGAGGGUGACUGCCUUGUGGUCACAAUCAGUCAUACAGAUAAAUGGACAUUACCAGCUGCCAAUCCCAUUCCGAUAAGAUAACCCUGAAUUGCCAAAUAAUAAGGCGCUGGCUGAGCAUCGCCUUCUAAGCCUAAAGAACCACCUCCUAAGAAAUCCACAAUUCCUGCAACGGUGCUAACAGGAGAUGCAACGCAUGAUUAGUUCAGGGUUUGCUGAGGAGGUAGAAGAUAAUGGUGAGACUGGAAGAACUUGGUAUCUACCACAUCACCUAGUACUAAACGCCAAGAAACCAGAAAAAAACUGAGGAUAGUCUUUGAUUGCGCUGCUGAAUACAAAUUAAUAUCACUAAACAGCCAGGUCAUGCAAGGGCCGAACUUGAAUAACAAACUAAUGGGAGUCCUCAUCAGAUUCCGACAAGGAAGAAUCGCAGUCAUGGCCGAUAUAGAAGCUAUGUUCCACCAGGUAAGAGUGUCUCCCUCAGAUAGAGAUGUGCUACGGUUCCUGUGGUGGAGAGAUGACCACCUCCGCGGUAACCCAAGAACCUAUCGAAUGACAGUGCACCUCUUCGGAAAAGUUUGGAGCCCAUCCUGUGCUGGAUUUGCACUGCGACAGACGUUCUCUGAGCAUGUAAACAAGAUGCCAGAAGAGAUCACAUGCACAAUUUUUAUGUGGACGAUUUACUCCUCUUAAUGGAUUCGCUGCCGAGGGCUAUGAUUGUUACUCAUCGAUUGAGAACUUUACUGUUAAAGGGUGGGUUCAAACUAACCAAAUGGAUUUCGAAUGACCCAAGAGCUCUUAGGACUGUCCCAGAAAUAAAGGGAUGACUCAUACCAUGUGGCCUUUGUAUGUGGUAAGGCCAAGCUAGCUCCAAUAAAGAAACUGACCAUUCCUCGUCUUGAGCUGUGCGCUGCAGUUCUGGCUGCAAAGGCGGACAAACAAUUAAGAAAGGACCUGGAACUCCCUAUUUCCCAGUCAAUAUUCUGGACAGACAGCACGGCAGUAAGGAAUACCAGGCGGCACUUCCUUAACUUUGUAGCCAAUAGUGUGGGAACAAUACAUGAAAUAUCCAAACCUGAACAAUGGCGAUAUGUCAGCACAGAAGUGAAUCCUGCGGAUGACGCUUCUCGAGGAGUAAGAGGGGAAAAAUUCACAAGUGAGAGCUGAUGGCUACGGGGACCCCAAUUUCUGAGCCUGAAUGAGAGGGAUUGGCCGACAUACCCCCAAUAAAUUCCGGAGCUUGGUGAUAAUGAUCCAGACGUGAGAAAGGAGUGCACAGUGUUCACUUCACAGAACACUGAGGAAGAAGACAGCAUCAAAACCAUGAUCACUCGAUAUUCAUCAUGGCAUCGCCUUUUGAUAGGAGUUGCCUGGAUAAGGAGAUUUUUACUCUAGUGUCGGAGGAAGUAUAGAAACAAUGAAGACCAAAGCGUUAGCACUAAAGAACCGGAGGACGCGAUAAACUCCAUUUUACGUGUAGUGCAAGCUGAAAACUUUACAUCAGAGAGGCAUACGCUUGAACAAGGAGGUCAUGUAAUGAAGGGCAACCUCAGGCGCCUCGACCCAUUUCUAGAUGAGUCUGGCCUAAUCAGAGUUGGGGAACGACUGAAGCAUGAUGAUACGCCGUCUUCAAGAAGAUAUCCCAUUCUAUUACCCAGAGAUAAUCAUGUCACAAGACUCAUUAUAGAAGAAGCGCAUGCUCUGAAUGCUGGGCAUUCUGGACGUGAAUAUACCUUGGUAGUACUGCGGGAACUAUACUGGAUCCCAAGGUGUCGCAACCUACUAGAUCGUAUAAUACGAAACUGUAUAACCUGUCGUCGGAAUAAUUGGAGAGCCACACACAACCGACAAGCAGAUCUGCCAGAAGACCGGAUCAGGACAGAAGAGAAGGCCUUCAGCUACUGUGGAGUGGACUGCUUUGAACCCUUUACGGUUAAACAAGGGCGAACACAGGUCAAAAGGUGGAGUUGCAUUUUCACCUGUCUAACUACCAGAGCCAUCCACCUAGAAGUCGUGACAUCCUUGAGUGCAGACAUAUUUAUCAUUGCCCUCUUAAGAUUCUGUGCCCGGAGGGGUCCGCUUAAGCGCAUCAGAUCUGACCAGGGGACUAAUUUGAUACGAGCGAGCAGGGAACUACGACGGGCUUCCCAGAGCUGGCGCAAGGAUGAAAGAGUGAAACAUGCUAUUAACUUAACGCCAUCGCGGGCACAACUUGCUGUUUCGUGCAAAGCCCGACAGGGGGAGUGUUAUUGCUGGAGGAGAGAGAGAGAGAGAGAGAGAGAGAGAGAGAGA